GUGCAAACCAAUUUGCACAGUAAACCGUUGAUUGAACCCAUCUGCUCAGAAUUCAAAUUUCAAACCAAACCUUGCAAAUACCUGAAGACUUUGAUACCUCAAUUUGAUCACAGGGCGCCCUGUUAGGUACUUCUAUUAGAUCAUGAGUCUUGGUACCGCAAGUUGGUUGUCCAAUGCCGGGUACUGCCACUGCCACAACCAGAUUUUGAGAGCUGGAGAGGAAGACGCCUUGACAGAACCUUCUGCUGGGAAGAAGGGGGUCAAAACAUUGGGAGGAGUGCAGUGUGAGCAGUGGUCCAGGACAUAUGCUUCCAUCUUCUUCGGUCAGCUUUAGCAGCUGAGUAGGAUUGCCUCUUUUCCCUGCUGCGGGCACCACUGUCUUGUGGCAAUCGCAGUUGCUGGGAGGGUUCCGGAUGGGUUAAGCAUCUUGCAGAAGCUCACCUCCUUGUCUGGUAGCUCGCUUGGGGCUACAGCUCGUCAGGCCUCUAUUCCAUCAUGCCUCUAUUCCAAAGCAUAGGACCAAUCCGAAUCUAAAGCAGAGAACCCAGCUGCAUCACAAAAACAGCCACCCUCCUGCAUCUUCCACACUUGACAGCCCAUACACAGCUAGAGAGUCGUCUGCACCCUGCAGUGUGUUGAAGCCAUCAUCUGACUCUAUGGCAUCCAUCAUGAUAGAAGAGCUAGGGGAUGUCUUCCAACUCCAAUGUGAUUGCUGUGGGGCUCAUGCUUCACAUGGACGGCUUGGGGGCAAGCAUGGUAAAAUGGAGUACCGAUGUCAGAAGCACAAGCCAGCAGACUCUCGCAGCGGAACUGUCGCUGCGGGCUACUUCCGCAUUGAUCCUGACCGCCAAGAGUGGAUUGACGGACGCACGCAGCGUCAGGUUGACGACAAGGCCAAGUCUCAAGCAGAAGUUGCACGCCGUUUGAAUGAGCUCCACGAGUUGCAAGAGAGCUGGCGCGGAAAGAUGCUGGAGACGGCUCUCGCAACGGCACGGCAACUGCUGUGUUGGACCAGCUCUGUGGGAAGCACUCGCUACUGGCUGGAGAGCGAACGUGGGCUGCCGGAGAAGUUCCAUAAGGAUCUCAACAUUGGGAUCCAACAAGCGCUAAGCCGAGCCAUCAUCGAGAUUCUGCUCUUUCGAAGCGGCAUCGAAAAGAAUCCGGGCCCAGCUUCACCUCCACCGCGCUCAACCUGCGAGGAAGAGCACGAAGACAGCGAAGACGUGCCCAUCGAUUUGCGCGGCCGAAGGACUGCCGCUGCUGCUGGCGGCGGGGACGUCCUAUCGCCGAACUUUGAGGGGAUCCCCCAAGAACCACAGCCGGAAGCCCCGCGACGGAAACGGAAACGGAACCAAGGGACCGGGGGAGCGACUGGGGCUCCGGUGAGAAGGGCAACCGGUCGGGGAGGGAGCACGGGGGCCGGGAGAAGUAGGCGAGGGGGGCGGAGAGCGGGCACUAGCGUGCUCGACGGUAUUUCAGCGGAGCCGGGGACCUCUGGGAAUGGAAGCGAGCAGACUUCUGGGCAAGCGGCCCCGGGUUCCGCUGAUGCUGCGGAAUCUCCGGGCGGAACCGGGGUGCCUGGGCACAUGAGCCAUGAGGACCAGCAAGCGCAGGCCAACUGGACCGCAGCCAUCAUGAAGGUCGACGAGCUGAAGCCCAAGAGUUACAAGGACUACAUUCGGGCACUGAGGACGUACAAGAACUUCUGCAGAACCAACGGUCACGGCACCGCCGAUGGUCCGUGGGCUCCCCCGCGGAAUCCUUACGUCCAAGGUUUGCUGCGCCAAGAGGCUCUUCCGGAGUGGGCAUGCGGCCCGCGCAUCACCACCAGCAGGAUUGCUCUCGCGGUCAAUCUCCUCGGCCAACUCAACAACAAGGAUAUGUCAUUCGGCGUUGUCAACAACUUCGUCAAGGGCAUGCAGUUUUUCGCGCUCGUUCAAGACAACCUCGACGGCAUACACGAGCAAUCUUGCGACGUUCGCGCUAUACCAACCAUGCAACAACUUCUCAAAGCUGCGCAGCUCAACACAGGGCAGAAGAAAAUCCGGACUUGCGCCGACCGCCAAGCGGGGACGGAGUCGGACGGGUACACAGCGGAGGAGAAGUUGCGGCUUUGUCAGGCUUGGCUCUAUGCAGCUUGUCCCAACACCGCCUUCAACGACGGCGAGGAGGUGGAUUCAGCCCAUCAGCAUACCACAAUGAGGGGAAUGUUUCUGGCUUCGCACCAGUUUGUCCUUCGUGGCGAUGACGGCCGCAGCAUCGACCUCCCGGAUCUGUAUUGCAAAAAGUUCACUAAUGUUGGACCUGACGUCCCUCUCUUCGUGGGCGGCGUCAGCUACUGCGGCAAAACGAACAAGAACGGGCGGCUUGAAUAUUUCGGAGGCUUCCGCCACAAGAACGUGGAGGAGUGCGCCGUUGGCGCCGUGGCGUUCCAGCUCUUCCAGACGUUUCAUAUCCUGUUCCCGGAGCCCGGUUCAUAUCCAGACUUCAGUUCAAGGGCCGCCUGGUACAACAAGUUUCCGCUCUUCUACGAGAACGACGACAUCUUCGAGAAAAUGGAGUACGACACCCAGCUCAAGCAAUUCAAGACCAUGUUUCAACACGAGCACGUGGUCAGCAGCAAGAUCACCCACGCGCCACGUGGGUCGUCCGUCAGGCAUGCCGAAGACAAUGGUGGAAAAGAGGGGGAGAGCGCCCGACUUGGACGCUGGAUCUACGACCACUUCCGGACGUCCUACCUCAACCAGCUGCCGGUCGGUGCCAUGCUCAUCAAUGCUGGUUCCUCGGACGACCGGAAGGCGUACGUGCUCAAGCGCGGCCGCGCACGCCCUGAGACCAACCAUCCAGAUUUAGCGGCCAAGAUCUUUCCGUGGGCGGAAGAUGCGCUCACGUACAUCAGGAACAAGAAUCUCACUCGCCCCGUGGCUGAGCGGGACAUCGCCGCACAGCGCUUCGUCGAGCUGCUCAUUGAGCUGCGUGCGGUCAUCCUCCAGGACGUGGCCGUGCUACAAAGCCUUGAAAAGUACCUCGGUCACCCCAUCAUCUACCACUCUAUCUUUGAGGGCGAUGACUGGGACUCGUUUGCGGCGGAGGUCUUGGAAGCGUGCAACGCACCGGAGGCCCCGCCGCAACUCAUCAACCUGCCACCCGAGGUCAUUACACUCCUCCGGGAUCAUCAGGCACUGUUGGCUGGGAUCCAACGCGACGUUCGCGACUGCAAGGAGAAGGAACGAGCGGGCCUCAAGCAGAUCGCGGAAUUGGCGCAGGAGGUGGCGGGACUAAGGAGACUCCUUCAGGACUCCGGUUCCGGCCAACGUUUUGGGGCAAUUCCGAGCCCCUCCUCGACCGGGGAACGUGGGGCUUCAACUGCCGUGGAGCGCGGGCAAUCCGCUGUCCGAAGAAGCCAUCCGACCUUUUUCGCUCGGCCCCCGAGCUCAUCGCUUACGGCAGCAACAGAGGCUGCCUUAAGAGCAGCCGCACGAGCGGCCGCGUGCUCGGGGAGUGUGCCAACGGACGGCAGCACACCGGACGGGGGCGCCGCGGACAGUUGCGCGCCGGACGGGGGAGCUGUGGACCGCCGCGAACCGGCAGGGGCGUCCGCGGACAGCUGCGUGCCACCGAAAGGGGGCGCUUCGGACAGUCGCGCACCGGAAGGGGGCGCUUCGGACAGCCCCGCACCGGCGGGGACGUCCGCGGACACCCGCGCACCGGACGCGGUCGCCGCCAACGGCUGCGCACCAGAGAGGAGGCCCGCGGACACACGCGCACCGAACGGGAGUCCAACGGGCAGCCCUGCCCGAGAAGGAGGAACAGAAAACAGCCAAGCCCCAGAGGGGGGCGCAGCGGACAGCCGCGCCUCGGACGCGGUCGCCUCAAACGGCGGGGCACCGGCGAGGGUGCCCGCGGACAGCCACGCACCAGAGGAGGGGGGAGAGAACAGCCGCGCACCGGAGAGGGUGCCUGCAUACAGUAGUGCACCAGAGGGGGGGCCAGCGAGCAGCACGACUGGUGGCGUACAGCCCAGUGGAGAAGUCCAGCUGGACGGCGAACUUCUUAGAGAAAGCGCAGACGUCGGACAGGCCUUUGUGAGGGUUCGUUCGAAUGCGACCGUCCUUCCCGAAUGGGUUUCGGGUUACACGGUAGGAAGAGAUUACCAGUGUGUAGCUCAAUAUUGGAGUGAAUGGGCACAUGGCAAGCCAGGCUGUCCGCUUCCCUUGAGGGAUUUGGAGGAUCUGUACGGCUGUUCAUGGAGGAGGGGGCGGGUGAAAGAGAUCAGGUAUUUCUCCAAGUUCCGCAAACUGUGCAUAAUCAUAGAAGACGUCAUGCGGAGAGGUAACGUGGAUGAGGCUGCAGCAAUUGAAGCGGUCGAGGCUAGUAUGGCUGCGGCUGGGGUUGACCCUUCUCAACCUUGGAAGUACAUAGAGAAGCUUGCCGAGCGCCGCUGCAGCAAGAAGAAGGAACCGGAGGGAAGCUUUUCAAAUACAAGUCGUGCGUCAAAAAAAGCCAGGCCUUCUUGAUUGGUAACAUUAAUUCUGGGUAUGAUGGACAUUAUCUUACUUACUUCGCCCUUAUGAUGAGAGCAUAUACUGGUG